AUGGAACGUUCCUACAAACUUCACAAAAACCGUGUGUCGCACGAUCUCGAUUUCAAAGCACCACCGCAGAUGCCAAUCCUCUGUCAUCCAGCGAAAUUGCUGUACCCGACCAGUCAGCACCGGACUUGUCGCAUCUUGACCCCCCCUCCGGAGGACUACUCAAGAUUCAUUUUCCAAGAUAAAUGCCGGGUGAAAAUGCAUGCUGGAUCUGGUGGUCAUGGCUGUGUCGCAUAUUUGCGUGAGAAAUAUGUCGAAGAGGGACCCCCGAACGGCGGCGAUGGCGGUAGCGGAGGAGGCAUCUACAUCCAGACCGUGGAGGGCUUGACUAGUCUUCAUAAGCUGGCCCGCAGAGGCAUUGUGAGAGCAAGCCGUGGCCGAAAUGGACAGGGCAAAAGCAAGGGUGGAAAACGAGGCGAUGAUGUACUGAUUCAGGUUCCCGUCGGCACUGUGGUUCGAGAGGUGAGCCGUUAUGACCCAGUUGAGGAAGAGUGGGCUCGAAUCAAGGAGGCGAAGGAGACAUCCCAGAACGCCAAAGAAGAGAAGGAGGUUUGGGGGGAUCCCGAUGAUCCCGAUGAUCCCGAAGCCGACAACGGAGGACUCGAAUUGUCAGAAGAUCCAGAAUACAACCCCAUUCGGCACGAUCGCUGGGUACUACACCCAUCCUCAAAACCGUCUGAUUUCUUCAUGGUACAGUUUCCGAAGUCAUAUCCGCGGCGACAAGCUAUAGCAGCUAUGGAGCCCAAGUCGCCGAUUUGGCUGGAUCUCUCAAAACCCAUGGAUAAACCUAUGCUUCUGGCUGCUGGUGGUGCCGGCGGGCUGGGAAACCCUCACUUCUCAACACGAUCUAUGGGAAGACCGAAAUUCGCAUCCAAAGGCGAAGGCGGUAUGAUGCUAGAGCUCGAUUUUGAGCUCAAGCUUCUAGCGGAUGUCGGGCUGGUUGGUAAACCGAAUGCGGGCAAGAGUACGCUUCUCCGCUCGUUGACCAACAGUCGGACCCGCAUCGGUAACUGGGAAUUUACCACACUCUCUCCUCACAUUGGCACUGUCAUUACCGAUGACAUGAAGGGCCGUCCUCUGGUAGAGUCGAAGGCUCGCCGUACCCAUUUUACUAUCGCAGAUAUUCCCGGUCUUGUUGAAAACGCUCAUCUUGACCGAGGACUUGGCCUCGGCUUCCUGCGUCACAUCGACCGGGCUGGAAUCUUGGCCUUUGUUGUUGAUCUCAGUCUUGGUGAUCCCGUGGAGGAAUUGCAGAAGCUGUGGCAUGAGCUUGGAGAGUAUGAGCGAGUGCGCGACGAAGAACCUGACUCUGGACCACCAGGGGAAGAUGAAAUCAUCGAAUGGAAUCCAUUUAAGGAAGAAAACGAGGAGGAUCAUCGUCCGUGGAAGAGAGACAGUGAUGAGCCUGCUAGGCUUUCAUCGAAUGUCGGUCCCGAUGGAGCUCUGCCCCCUCUGGCGAUGACACCUCUACAUAUGAAGCCUUGGUUCGUUGUGGCUACCAAAGCAGAUCUGGAAAAUACACAAGAUCAAUUCCGUGCUCUGCAGGAGUAUUUGUCUGGCGUCCAGAAUGGCUCAUUUGAACACCCAUCUGGCCAUGCCAAGGCAUGGAAGGAGAAGGUGUGUGCUGUCCCGGUCAGUGCUAAGAAAGGUGAAGGUGUCUCUCGCAUUCCUAAGUUGGUGAUGGAACUUCUGGAAUGA